CAAAAGCUUAGCAAGAUUACAACAAUCUUCACUUGCACUACUUCUUUACAAUAGUAUUGUGUUGUAUGAAUACAAUGAAGUUGGGUCUUGAAAGAGGUUAGAGAGAGGUUGGUGGGUCUAAUAUUAUUGCUUAAAGUUUUCCUUCAAUUCCACACAUGUAUUGUGAAUUUACAUAGGACACACUAUAUGUAAUUGGGUGUCUAACACCGAUACACGAUGGGUGAUCUGAGGGAAAAUUGUAUGAAAGAACCUAAAUCCUCUUCUAAGGAUGUCAUAAUUUCUGUAUUGAAACUACUGCUACUACUACAAGAUGGGUAUGCCUGAUAUUAAACUGAGCUCUGGCUGCAGGGGAAUGCCUGUAUUGGGCUUAGGCACAGCAGCCGAUCUCCCUGUAGACUCGCAAACUAUUUAUCAGGCCGUCUCACUGGCGAUUGAGCUCGGUUACAGGCAUUUUGAUACAGCUGCACUGUACAAUUCAGAACAGCCAACUGGGGAAGCUAUGGCAGCAGCACUUCAGUGUGGCAUUAUUAAAUCACGAGACGAGCUCUUCAUCACCUCCAAGCUAUGGUGCAGUGAUUCUCAUGGCGAACAUGUUCUUCCUGCCAUUCAAAAGACCUUAAAGAAUCUUAAUGUAGAUUAUAUUGAUCUGUAUCUCAUACAUUGGCCUGUGAGUUCAACGCCAGGGAACUAUGAGUACCCAAUUAAGAAAGAGGACUUUCUUCCCAUGGAUUAUAAGUCUGUGUGGGCGGCCAUGGAAGAGUGCCAGAGACUUGGCCUCACCAAGUCCAUUGGUGUUAGCAAUUUCUCUUGCAAGAAGCUCUCUGAUGUCCUUGCAGUCGCGAAAAUUCCCCCAGCUGUUAAUCAAGUGGAAGUGAACCCAUGUUGGCAACAAAAGAAGCUGAUAGAGUUAUGUAAAGACAAUGGAGUUCUUGUAGUGGCUUAUGCUGUUUUGGGAGCUGUAGGAACCUUCUAUGGCACCAACAGAGUUAUGGAGAGUGAGGUGCUAAAGGAAAUUGCAAAGGCUAGAGGAAAGACUGUUCCUCAGAUUUGUCUGAGAUGGGCUCACGAGCAAGGCCUUGGUGUAUUGGUGAAGAGUUUCAACAAAGAGAGAAUGAAGCAGAACCUUGAGAUAUUCAAUUGGGCAUUGAGUGAGGAUGAGUCUUAGAAAGAUCAGUGAAAUCCCACAAAGCAGAGCAUGUCUUGGUAAGGAUUACACCUCUGUUCAUGGACCUUACAAUACAAUUGAGGAGCUUUGGGAUGGAGAACUUUGAUCAGACUGCUUGUAGUUGAUGCUUACUUAAAGGUGCCCCUCUACAAUACAGGCCUUUUCUAGUUCCUCUUGUUAAAAAAAAAGCAUACUGAGUACAUGAGACUCUCGUCAUUGCAGAGUUUGGGGAGGAAUAAAUGUACGCAGCUGUACCAUCCUCUUGUACUGGUUCCUAAUUUUACUUUUAUGAUAGAGGAGUGCGUUUUUGGCAUUUUCUCAAAGUGAGUGUGAAGUUCGUUUCAAUAGCAGUAUGAUGAGAAUUGUGCGAGUAAGAUUCAAUUGCAUUGCGACAAACUUCAAAAUCUCGUCUCAGAUGUAAUAAAGCGAAUGAUUUAAGU